AUGCAGACUGUAGUUUACUUCGCGGUUGUUGCUGCUUUGGUUGCACCUUCGCUAGCCCAUACGAUUCCAAGAAUCAUCAGGAGGGAUGCAGGACUCAAAGUCGAGCUGUCCCAGGUGCUUGCUACUGAGGUCAAUGCUGUGAUGACAAACACUGGCAGCGAAUCAUUGAAGCUGCUUGACUACGGAACGCUAAUGGAUAAGAACCCUGUUCAAAAGCUCAACGUGUUCAAAGAUGGAGUCGAGGUUGGUUUCACCGGGGUUGAUAUGCGGUACAGCAUGCAUGGCUUGACAGAGGAUGCCUUCACCACCCUCGAACCAGGUGAAGCAUUCACGUCCGUCAUCAACAUCGCUGCACUCCACGAGGUCGCUGGCGGUGAGUACACUGUGUCCACCGAAGGUGCCAUUCCAUAUGCAGCACUCGACACUACAGAAAUCGCCGGGUCCAUUGCAUACGAAAGCAACCUCCUUCCGCUGACCCUCUCAGACGACGACGUGGCGGUUGUUCCACGUGCUGUUCCAAUUCUUGACAAACGUACCAUUCUUGAAGGCUGCUCAGGCCAAGAGGACGUGGCACAGAGGGAGGGCCUGGGACGAUUGAUCAAUGUGGCGCCACUUGCCGCUGAGGCCGCUAGAAGCGGAGAUCCUGCCAGAUUCCAAGAGUUCUUCAAAACUACUGAUGAUGCUGUGAGGCAAAAUGUCGCCGCUAAAUUCGACGCUAUCACAAGCGAAUCCAGCUCAACAACAAGCGGGUCUACAACUUAUUUUUGCGAAGACCAGUUCGGUUACUGCUCCCCAAACACCCUGGCUUAUACACUUCCGAGCCAGAACUUGAUCGCCAAUUGUCCACUAUUUUAUAAUAGACUGUCUUCGCUCAGUACGAGAUGCCGAGACCAAGACCAAACCACUACUAUUCUCCACGAGUUUACCCAUGCACCAGGGGUAUUUGGCGUUGGUACACAAGACUUUGCCUAUGGCUAUGCUGCAUCCGUGCAGCUAACCGCUCGGCAAGCACUUCGAAAUGCUGAUACCUAUGCACUUUUUGCCAAUGCCGUAAUCAACAACUGCUCGGUCCUUAGCUCCUGA